GUUCCCAGGAAGUAACGCUGCGGGAGCGGCGGUUGCCCGGCAGUAAAUGGCGGGGAGUCGGGGGACCAGUGUGGCGAUGGCGCUUGGAGCUGGGGCCUUCGGAGCGCUGGCUGGGGCGGCGGCGAAGUUAGCGCUGGGGGGAGAGAGGCUGCACAUACUACUUCGGGUAGGCUGUGGAGGACUAAUAUUCUUCUGCAAUGCUUUGAUGUGGACAUUUUUUGCAAAAGCCCUGCGAUAUUCUUCUUCAGCACGAGCUUCCCUGACCACUGUUGCUUCCAAUUUUCUCUCAUCAGCUUUUCUUGGAAAGCUGCUGUUCGGAGAAGUUCAUGAGCUGUUGUGGUGGAUUGGGAUCACAAUGACCCUCUGUGGAUUGCUGCUGCUUUACACAGCUAAAGACAUGGACCAAAGUGACGCUUACAAGAAAGAAGAAUGAGAUAUUUCUGGAGGCUGUGGAAGCAGUGCUGAUAACGGGGAAAGGGAAAUACAUGGACUGCUGUGGGAGUGCUGUGUGCAGCAGUAGUCAUGUGACAUCUUUUGCUGAAACAGAACAGGGACUUUCCUCAGUGUUGUUAAUGGGAAAGUUUGAAGGAAGUAAACAGGAGUGUCCUUUCUUCAACGCUCUGUAAGAGUGUGAAGGGGUAAGUAAGAUGCUGGCUGGCUCAUCCUGCUUUGUACCCUGUGCCUCCAUUUAAUCCUUAGAAACAUAUAAAAGCUACAGCACAAUUCAGGCCCUUUGGCCCACAAAGCUGUGCCGAACAUGUCCCUAUCUUAGAAAUUACUAGGCUUACCCAUAGCCCUCUUAUUUUUCUCAGCUCCAUGUACCUAUCCAACAGUCUCUUAAAAGGCCCUAUCGUAUCAGCUUCCACCACCGUUACCAGCAGCCCAUUCUACGCACUCACCACUCUGAGUAAAAAAAAAACUUACCCCUGAUAUCUCCUCUAUAUCUGCUCCCCAGCACCUUUAACCUAUGUCCUCUUGUGGCCACCAUUUUAGCCCCGGGGAAAAGCCUCUGACUAUCUAUCUGAUCAAUGCAUCUCAUCAUCUUGUAUACCUCUAUCAGGUCCCCCCUCAUCCUCCGUUGCUCCAAGGAGAAAAGGCUGAGUUACCUCAACCUGCUUUCAUAAGGCAUGCUCCGCAUUUCAGGCAGUAUCCUAGUAAAUCUCCUCUGCACCAUUCCUAUGGCUUCCACAUCCUUCCUGUAGUGAGGUGACCAGAACUGAGCACAGUAUUCCAAGUGGGGUCUGACCAGGGUCCUAUAUAGCUGGAACAAUACCUCUCGGCUCCUAAAUUCAAUUCCAUGAUUCAUGAAGGACAAUACACCACAUGCUUUCUUAACUACAGAGCCAACCUGUGCAGCUGCUUUGAGAGUCCUAUGGACUCGGACCCCAAGAUCCCUCUGAUCCUCCACACUGCCAAGCGUCCUACCAUUAAUACCAGAGUCCUGCCAUAAUAGUUGACCUACCAAAAUGAACCACUUCACACUUACCUGGGUUGAACUGCAUCUGCCACUUCUCAGCCCAAGUUUGCAUCCUAUCUACGUUUCUCUGUAACCUGUGACAGCCCUCUAUACUAUCCACAACAUCUCCAACCUUUGUGUCAUCCGCAAUCUUACUAACCCAUCCCUCCAUUUCCUCAUCCAGGUCGUUUAUAAAAAUCACAAAGAGUAAGGGUCCCAGAACAGAUCCCUGAGGUACACCACUGGUCACCAACCUCCACGCAGAAUACGCCCUUCAACAACUACUCCUUGCCUUCUGUGGGCCAGCCAGUUCUGGAUCCACAUUGCAAUGUCCCCUUGGAUCCCCUGCCUCCUUACUUUCUUAAUAAGCCUUGCAUGGGGUACCUUAUCAAAUGCCUUGCUGAAAUCCAUAUACACUACAUCUACUGCUCUCCAUUCAUCGAUGAGUUUAAUCACAUCCUCAAAAAAUUCAAUCAGGCUUGUAAGGCAGGACCUGCCCUUGACAAAGCCACGCUGACUAUUCCUAAUCAUAUUAUACCUCUCCAAAUGUUCAUAAAUCCUGCCUUUCAGGAUCUUCUCCAUCAGCUUACCAACCACUGAGGUAAGACUCACCGGUCUAUAAUUUCCUGGGCUACAAGAUACGCAACCCUCCAAUCUUCUGGAACCUCUCCCGUCUCCAUCAAUGAUGCAAAGAUCAUCGUCAGAGGCUCUGCAAUCUCCUCCCUCACUUCCCACAGCAGCCUGGGGUACAUCUCAUCCGGACCCAGCGAUGUAUCCAACUUGAUGCUCUCCAAAAGUUUCAGCACCUCCUAUUUCCUAAUAUCCAUAUGCUCAAGCUUUUCAGCCUGCUGCAAGUCUUCUCUACAAUCACCCAGAUCUUUAUCCGUUGUGAAUACUGAUGUAAAAUAUUCAUUAAGUACCUCCACUAUUUCUUCUGGAUCCAUACACACUUUCCCACUGCUGCAUUUGAUAGGCCCUAUUCUUUCACAUCUUAUCCUCUUGCUCUUCACAUACUUGUAGAAUGCCUUGGGGUUUUCCUUAAUCCCUCCUGCCAAGGCCUUCUCAUGGCCCCAUCUGGCUCUCCUAAUUUCCUUCUUAAGUUCCUUCCUGUUAGCCUUAUACUCUUCCAGAUCUCUAAUAUUACCUACCUCUCUGUACCUUUUGUAAGCUUUUCUUUUCCUUUUGACUAGAUUUAUUAUAGCCUUUGUACACAACGGUUCCCGUAUCCUCUCGUGACUCCCCUGUCUCAUUGGAACAUGACUAUGCACUUCCGUACUUUUCCCUGAGAACAUUUGUUCCCAGUUUCCUGCCUGAGAGCCUCAUAAUUCCCUUUACUCUAAGUAAACGCCUUUCUAGUCUGGCUGUUCCUAUCUCCAAUGCUGUUGUAAAGGAGAGAGAAUUAUGAUCACUAUCUCCAAAAUGUUCUCCCACUGAGAGAUCUGACACCCGACCAGGUUUAUUUCCCAAUACCAAAUCAAGCACAGCCUCUCCUCUUGUAGGCUCAUCUACAUAUUGUGUCAAGAAUCCUUCCUGAACACACUUAAACUCCACCCCAUCUAAACCCCUCACUGUAUGGAGGUGCCAAUCGAUGUUUGGGAAAUUAAAAUCUCCCAUCACAAUAACUCGGUUAUUAUCACACCUUUCUAGGAUCUGCUUCCCUAUCUGCUCCUCGAUAUCCCUGUUAUUGGGCGGCCUAUAAAAAAACACCCAGUAAAGUUAUUAACCCCUUCCUGUUCCUAACCUCCACCCACAGAGACUCCGUGGACAGUCCCUCCACGACGUCCACCUUUUCUGCAGCCGUGACACUAUCUCUGAUCAACAGUGCCGCUCCCCCACCUCUUUUGCCUCCCUCCCUGUCCUUUCUGAAACAUCUAAAACCUGGCACCAUUUCCAGUCCCUGAGCCAUCCAAGUCUCUAUAAUGGCCACCACAUUGUAUCUCCAAGUAUUCAUCCAAGCUCUCUCAUCCGCCUUGUUCACAAUACCCCUUGCCUUAAAAUAGACACAUCUCAAACCUGUCUGAGCAUGUCCCUUCUCUAUCACCUGCCUAUCUUCCCUCUUGUACCUACUACUAGCUUUCUCUAUUUGAGAGCCAAACACCUCUUCCCCAGUCUCUCCAGUUUGGAUCCCACCCCCCAACAAUUCUAGUUUCUCUCCCCAGUAGCCUUAGCAAACCUCCCCGCCAGGAUAUUGGUCCCCCUGGGAUUCAAGUGCAAUCUGUCCUUUUUGUACAGGUCACACCUGCCCCAAAAGAGGUCCCAAUGAUCCAGAAAUCUGAAUACCUGCUCCAAUCCCUCAGCAACGCAUUUAUCCUCCACCUCAUUCUAUUCCUAUACUCACUGUGGCGUGGCACAGGCAGUAAUCCUGAAAUUACUUCUCAACUUCCUAUAGUCUUUUUUCAGGACGUCUUUCCUCUCCCCACCUAUGUCAUUGGUACCAAUAUGUACCACGACCUCUGGCUGUUCUCCCUCCCCCUUCAGGAUAUCUUGGACACGAUCUGAAACAUCCUGGACCCUGGCACCUGGGAGGCAAACUACCUUCCAAGUUUCUUUCUUGCGUCCACAGAAUCGCUUGUCUGCCCACCUAACUAUAGAGUCCCCUAUCACUACUGCCCUCCUCUCUCCUUCCCUCCCCUUCUGAGCCACAGGGCCGGACUCUGUGCCAGAGACACUGCCACUGUUGCUUCCUCCAGCUAGGCUGUCUCCCCCAACAGUACUCAAGCAGGAGUACUUAUUGUCAAGGGGUACAGCCACAGGGGUACUCUCUAGUACCUGACUAUUCCCCUUCCCCCUCCUGACUGUGACCCACUUGCCUGACUCCCAUGGCCCUGGUGUGACCACCUACCUAUAACUCCUUUUUAUUGCCUCCUGAUUCUCCCUGACCAGACGAAGGUCAUCGAGCUGCAUCUCCAGUUCCCUAACACGGUCCCUUAGGAGCUGCAGCUCAACACACCGGGUGCAGAUGUAGCCUUCCCAGAGGCAGGGAGACUCUGGGAACUCCCACAUUUGACACCGAGCACAGAAAACCGCACUCAUACUGCUUCCUUAAGUCACCUACCUUUCCUCUCCCCUUUAGCGCCUAAGCCCCUUGAGCCAAAGCCCAAUCACUCUACUCCCUCUCACUCCGCUGCCCGCUGGAUAUAGCAGUCCGCUUUUUAAACUACCUGAGCGCUACCUGCUGACGUCACGCGCCUGCGCAGUCCUGCCCCACUAUUCCCAAUGAGAAUUAUUUUUAAAAAAGUUAUCUGUUCUGAAGUCCCGAAGCCUGCCGAAACGAAACUCCUUGACUGAAAGAGUUCUGGGCCAUCUCUCCCCAACCAACCCUCACUUCACAGUUGACCCUCCCUUUCCUGUAGCGGUACAGUGAUCUCCACGUCCUACACUGUGCCACAGUCAGCCCAUCCUUAAUCAAAUCUUCACCCAGUACUACUUUUGCAGCUUCUAAAAUUGGAGUCAUACAGUUGGAAUCACCAGGUCCACUCCAACCAUACCUGUACUAACCUAAGUUACCUCAUGCAACAGGAUUUGAAACCAGUCUGUUCGACAGAAAUGCAUUCCGGGUAGAGACACUUCGUUCUGACUACUUUCAGCAUUUUCCAUCUUUAUUUCUCCACUGGUCGAACUUUCUGUAAUGUACAGUCAGUUCAGUUCAAGCUGGUUCAUUCUUAGGCAGUGGAUCUCCUUCCUCUGGUGUCCCCAAUGUUUCUAUUUCUCAUCCCUGUGUUUCAAUUCUUCACAAUAUCCACCAAUCACUGUUACACAUCCAGUGCAUCACUCCCAGCAGACUCAAUGUGUAUUUAUGUUGGCAUCAUCUUUUCCCAUCCAACCCAAACUUUGUCAGACUACUGUUGGAAGCCAUGCUUUCUGCUCCGAAAUUCCCUCAUCAAAUGCCUCCUGUUCUCCACUCUAAAACCUGACAGGGUUGGUCUUCCAUAGAACAAUACAGGCCCUUUGGCCCACCAUGUUGUGCCGACCUUCAAACCACACCUAAAACUAUCUACAUAUUCCUCUAUUUUAAAUUCCUCCGUAUGCUUAUCUAACAAUCUCUUGAACUUUACCAACGUCUCAGCCUCCACCACCACCCCAGGCAGUGCAUCCCAUGCACCAACCACUCUCUGGGUGGAAAAACCUCCCUCUGACAUCUCCCAAGAACUUCCCACCCAUUACCUUAAAUCCAUGUCCUCUUGUACUGAGCAUUGGUGCCUUGGGAAAGAGGCACUGGCUGUCCACUAUCUAUUUCUCUUAAUAUUUUGUCUAUCAAGUCUUCCUAUCAAGUCUUUUAUAUUUUCCUAUCGUCUUCUCUCAUCGUCCUCCUCUCCAAUGAGAACAGCCCUAGCUCCUUUAGUCUCUCCUCAUAAUCCAUACUCUCUAAUCCAGGCAGCAUCCUGGUAAAUCUCCUCUGCACCCUUUCCAAUGCCUCCACAUCCUUCCUAUAUUGAGGCGACCAGAAUUGGACACAGUACUCUAAGUGUGGUCUAACUAGAGUUUUGUAGAGCUGCAUCAUUACUUCAUGGCUCUUAAACUCGAUCCCACAACUUAUGAAAGCUAACAUCCCAUAAGCUUUCUUAACUACCCUAUCCAGCUUCAAACAGCACUGAAUGUUGAAGUGGAAAGCUGUUAAUGCAUGUGUUUGAGAGCCUCAGAUGACCAGGGUCCUCAAAGGUCAUUGAAAUUACUCUCUCAGUUUGAGCAAGGAGCCCAUUAAUGCUGGGAAGUGCCAUAUAUUUGUUUUGUAUUCUGUAUUUGAGCCUAAUGCUGACUAUGUGUUCACUUCCUGUCUGAAAUAAAGAUAAAUUUAGAUCUCGCUCCUUUCAGCGUGCACUGCAAAAGAAAGCAGUUGCUUCAGCCUUAAUAGCACUGGUUGCACAGAUGUAUAAUUGGACAUUGGACAGAAUGGGGUCAUUACACAGAAACUCCUGCCAAGUCCCACUCAUUGAUCAUACAGAUCUAUAAUUUUACAGACGUUUUGAGAUUGCUCACAUUCAUCUUGAGCUGCUGCAAAUUAUCAUUACUGGAAUUAAGGAUUAUUUUGGGUAAUAAAUUCAGAAGCUGAAUGAUACAGUAAAAUAUUCCUUCAGUCGUAAGACUAUAUUGGAAGGGAGGAAGUGGAUGAGUUAGGGCAGUGAUUCUCAAACUUGUUUGAAGGACUGCAUUCCAAAUGGAUUUAUAAUCAGAGAUCCUGCUCAUAAAAUAAAAUACUUGCAUAAUA